CAAGCUAAAUACAGGAUACGCAAUCUCUUUUUUAUUUUCCAGUAUCUAGUCAUGUCUAAAUCGAAGAAGUUAACAGCGUUUCUAGAAUCUUCUUUGAAUGAGAUCUUUAAAGCUACUGUGAGUGACAUAUUGGAGUCGGUAGAAGAGACCCUUUCAGAAUAUCAAGGUAGAAUACAACGAAUCGAGACCGAGAACGAGGAUCUGAGACGAAGGCUGCAGAAACGAGAUGAAGAACAGGGCGCGUCAGAGAAGGAAGCUGAAGAAGAACCCAGUGCCCCCCACCUUCCAGAAUCCGAAAGAGGGGCUUUCCUCAAGGAUCUGCGUGCUAAACAACCCACAGCGUCCAUCCAGAAGCAGGUGAUCCAGCCGAAGCUGAACGAUGGCAAACUGGGCCUUGCGGAGAGGCGCAGGUACAGGCAGAGAGCACGGGAGAGCUUUCACCACAAAGCAGAGCCCCCGGUCGAGCGCAGUCCUCAAGCACAAAGCACGUCAGGGCUGGAGGGCGCCGAAAAGCUCUCCGGCAGGGCCGUGUCUCCCAUUAAAUUUGCGUACGUUCAGAACGAGUCUGACACAGAAGACGGCUGUGCCAUCGAUCUCUCAAAAACGCGGUCUCCUCUUAACCUGGCCACCAAGGCCAUCAAAACAGAGAGGAGUGAGGCAGAAUACGCGAGCAGGGAACACUAUGCCGAUCCCAAUUCUCCCCACUGUUCAGACCCAGACUCAAGGGACAGCGAUUGUGAUGUCAGAGUCACGAUUGUGUCGGACAGUCACAUGACUGUGGAGACAAGUGAUGACGAAGCCAAAUACCUGGAGCAGUCCGAACCAGAGGAGUCUGAUGAAAGAGGGAGCGAGAUGUGCCGUGAUGGUGCAAGAGAAGCGUUCAGUGACGUCAAACCAGAAUUCGGCUCCGACGAUCUCUUCCUUCAAGAGUGGGUCCAGGGAGUGGGUUCAGCUGGAGCGGAAGGGAGUUUGGCCACAGAGAGCGGGCAGCAGGAUGGUCUCUCCGGUAAUCUCCAGGCCUCAGAGAUAGCCCUGAACUCAUUUAAAUCAGAGUUCACCAGAACGCCCCAAGGUUUCUACCACUGUACUCUGUGUGAGAAAACCUUCAGUCGGUUGGGGUCACUGAACAUACACCUGAGGAGUCACAGUGGCGAGAAGGCGCAUUGCUGCAACUACUGCGGAAAGCGCUUCAGUCGAGCAGAUCUCCUCAAGUCACACAAGCGCACUCACACCGGAGAGAAACCAUACAGCUGCAAUCUGUGUGGGAAGAGUUACGGUCACCCGGGCCAACUUAGAAUACAUAAGCGAGUUCACACUGGAGAGAGACCAUACUGCUGCCCUCACUGUGGGAAAAGGUUCAGUGAGCACAAUCAGCUCAAAGUGCACCUUCGGACUCACACAGGCGAAAGACCAUACAGUUGCAGUGUUUGCAAAAAGACAUUCAGUAAUGCAGGGAACCUUAGAAUCCACCAGAGGAUCCACACUGGGGAGAAACCCUAUUGUUGCGGGCAGUGUGGUAAGAGGUUCAAUGGUAUGGGUGACCUCAAAACACAUUACAGAGUUCACACAGGUGAGAGACCCUACCAUUGCGACCUCUGUGAAAAAACUUUCAGUCAGGCAGGACACCUUACCAUACACAAGAGGAUGCACACAGGGGAAAAACCGUACAGCUGCUCUGAGUGUGGGAAGAAGUUUAGCGUGGCCAGCAGCCUCAAGCUGCACCUGCGGACUCACACGGGAGAGAAACUGUACAGUUGCUCUUUCUGUGGGAAGAGCUUCAGCCGCUCUGGACACCUUAAAAGACAUGAGCAAGUUCACACAAAAGACAAACUGUACAGCUGCACCCACUGUGAGAGGAGUUACAGUGACCAGUCAACCCUUAAAAAACACAUGAAAGUACAUACAGGUGAUGAACCAUUUACACAAAGUGAAGAGAGUACAAGUGGGACCGAUGCCCCAAGUAAUAAUCAGCUAAAUCAGACAGAAUAAAUACAGUAAUGCUGGUAUAGCAUUUUUGUAAGAUGAUACAGUGAAAACAGUUUCGCUGACAGCAAUGUCCUGUUCACACUCAUGGCAUCACAAGACAUGGUACAAUCUGCUUAGCCUAACAGGAAGCCCUUGUCUGAAUAUGUUACAAGUUAUCAUGAAUGUAUUUAGCAUCACCCUGUGAAAAUAAGCAACUUAAUCUCUUAAUACUGUACAUGUACUGUAGAUAGGUGAUUUAUCUGAACAUGCAAUUCACAAAGUGUAAUAUAUAAGAUUAGAACUCUAUCAGCCUCAGAUUAAAAUGUGUGCCCUUCAAUAUCCAACCAAAUUGUAUGACACUAACUGUGCAAUGCCUUCAUUAUCCUGGCAGUGACAUUUUGUGUAGAUGAUUCCAUAUAAAUAUAGGGGCCAUAGGAAGUCUUUGGUCCAGGUAACCUUCUUGAUGUUGUUAGAUCAAAGUGCUAUAUUAAGUCUCUUGAUAUUUGUGUAGGUGCACAAAAGAUGUUGCCACACCGUUAGCCUUUUCUUGAAGUUGAUGUGUGAGAGGUGAGGUGCAUAUAGCCAAAAAUAAAUUAACAGUGCGCCAGAUAGGUGUCUUUCCAUACUUACAUGCAACACUGUGGAGCCACAAAUAUGUUUGAUCAGGAACAUAUUUUAUGCUGUAUCAGAAGUGCACGUGGAUAUUUGCCAAUGACCUUUGAAAGCUGAAACAUGUAUUUGUAACCUCAAACGAAAUUAAAAUAAUAUAUCAGACUUAA